UUCAAGCAAUAGCGCAUAUGUAGUUCGCCCAUAUUUAUGACGUUUUUUGCAGCUUUUCCUGCUCGAAUAAAAAUGUUUAUUGCAAAACGUGGAUUUGCCAAAUUGACAGAUGCUGCAAAAGCUGCACAAUCCGUUGCUCGACCACGGGAGCCAAUUGGUCGUCAGGUUGUUCACGGAGAUCAGUCUCGCGAUGUUCGGGUAACCCGACUGCCCAAUGACUUGACAGUCAUAUCAGAAGACUCCAACAUCCCGGUUACAAGAGUGGUUGUAGCGGUUAAAGCUGGCGCUCGUCAUGAACCACCUGAGGUGCCUGGCUUGUCCCAUGCACUCCGCAAUGCUGCUCCACUGGGCACUAGAGAAUGCUCUGCAUUUGGACUGUCUCGCAAUAUGGAGCAGCUCGGGGCUAGCUUAAGCGCCACAACCACCCGCGACCAUAUUAUAUACACAAUGAAUGUCCACCGAAAUCAUUUGCCGGAAACCAUUAAAUUUCUUGGCUAUGUCGUCGCCAAGCAAGAGUUCAAGCGAUGGGAAGUGAAAGAUGCUGCUGCGCGCUUGGAUCUAGAUCUGGAUAUCUACGAACAUCGCCCUGAUAUCCAGCUCAUGGAACAUCUGCACGCUGCGGCAUACCGCGAUGGAUUAGCUAAUUCCCUUUUCGCUCCCAGAUGGGCUGCUCAUCACUACGAUGCGAAAAUGCUGCGGGAAUAUGUGCAGAGUGCAUUUAAGCCUAGCCGCAUGGCCAUCGCUGUGUACGGCGCGCGACAUGAGGAUAUUUUAAAUUAUGCUGCGGAUAAUUUCAAAAUCGAUUAUGGUUACAUGAAGAAGCCUAUGACCGAGUUCGAAGAGUGUGCACCGGAAAUGCACACUUUGCAGCAACUGCCGAAAGAACAUGGCACAAAUGCGCAGCAUCGGGAUAUCCCUGCCAAGUACGGCGGUGGACAGUGUUUCCACCAAACACUGGACCAUUUGGCGUAUGCCGCCGUAGCCGUGGAAGGAGCCGGAAUAAACAAUCCUAAAGAGGCAUUGGCGUUAUCCCUUUUGCAGCAAUUUCUGGGAUCGGAACCAAGCGUGAAAUGGAGUAAUGGCCAGAAAGUGUCACCACUCGCCAAAGCAGCCGCAGGAGCUACUAGAGAAGAAUAUGCUAUUACUGGAUUGAACAUUUGUCAUUCUGAUUCGGGAUUGUUCGGGUUUACGGCGGUAGCUCAUGGGAAGGAUAUCGCCAAGGUGGUGCAGGCUGGAUUGCAUGUUUUACGAGAAGGAAAGGGUGUCGAUCUGCAGCGUUUGCAAGAAGCAAAGAACAAACUUGUCGCGAAACUUUUGAUGCAUCACGAAAGCCGAUGUGAGCAAUUUCACGAUAUGGCCAUACAAGCAUUAUCUACGGGAAAUAUUAUGAGUGUAAACGACGCCGUAGCAAUCGUUGACCAGAUUCGACCUGAUGAUUUGGCUAAGUAUGCCCAGAGUCUGGUCCAGAAAGGAACAUUCAGUAUGGCGGCGGUUGGAAACUUGUCGCAUCUUCCCCGAUUGGAUGAAUUUGUAUAGAACUGUAAUGUGAGUUACGAUUAUUUUUAUCUAACCGUUUGACUGCCAAGGCGCGAGUUGAAAUAAGGUGUAUGUGUUCUGAGGGAUAUCAGUAGGCGACACCAGUUAUGACGUCUCGUUGUGUGUUUUCGUGAACGAAAUACACGUUAUUAUAAAAAUUAAAGAAGCUAGCCGGUUGUUUA